GGCCGCCCCGCGCCGCCGCUCCCGGCGGAGGAGCAGCCUGCCGAGCCGGUGCGGAGGAGGGGGCAGCCCCCGGCAGGCGUCCCGACAUGCUGAAAGUCACCAUGCCUUCGUCCUCCUCCUCCUCCUCCUCCACCUCGUCCUCCGGCUCCUCGUCCGCCGGCCGCGCCGCCGGCGCCGCGCCCGACUACUGGAUCGACGGCUCCAACAAGGACACGCUGGCCCACUACUUCGAGCUGGAGUCCGAGCUGGGACGUGGGGCUACAUCCAUUGUCUACAGAUGCAGGCAGAAAGGGACCCAGAAACCUUACGCCGUCAAAAUGUUGAAGAAGACAGUAGACAAGAAAAUUGUCCGCACAGAAAUAGGAGUUCUACUUCGCCUUUCACAUCCAAACAUUAUAAAACUGAAGGAGAUAUUUGAGACCCCGACAGAAAUCAGUCUUGUUCUAGAAUUGGUCACUGGUGGAGAGCUGUUUGACAGGAUUGUGGAAAAGGGUUAUUACAGUGAACGCGAUGCUGCUGAUGCUGUUAAACAAAUCCUGGAGGCAGUUGCUUACCUGCAUGCAAAUGGGAUUGUGCAUCGUGACUUGAAGCCAGAGAAUCUGCUCUAUGCAACACCAGCACCAGAUGCACCAUUAAAAAUUGCUGAUUUUGGGCUUUCCAAGAUUGUGGAAGACCAAGUGACCAUGAAGACAGUUUGUGGAACUCCGGGGUACUGUGCACCAGAAAUCCUACGAGGAUGCGCCUAUGGCCCCGAGGUGGACAUGUGGUCGCUGGGGAUUAUCACCUACAUCCUACUUUGUGGCUUUGAACCAUUCUAUGAUGAAAGGGGAGAUCAGUACAUGUUUAAGAGGAUCCUGAACUGUGAAUAUGACUUUGUUUCCCCCUGGUGGGAUGAUGUGUCUCUGAAUGCUAAGGAUUUGGUCAAGAAGUUGAUUGUUUUGGACCCAAAGAAACGUCUCACCACUCUGCAGGCUUUGCAGCACCCAUGGGUCACAGGGAAGGCAGCAAACUUUGCACAUAUGGACAAUGCACAAAAGAAACUUCAAGAAUUCAAUGCUCGGCGUAAACUUAAGGCUGCAGUAAAAGCUGUGGUGGCCUCCACUCGCCUUGGCAGUGCAAGUGGUCACAGCGUUCAUGACAGCAACAAGCCCAGCCGCAACCCGUCUCCCGUCCACGACGGCCAGCCUGAAGAGAAACCCACUCAGGAAGCAGAAGCAGCUCCCGAAGAAAUGUCUUAG